CUUUGUUUGUAUGGAAAUCGCCUAAAACAAAUAAGUAGGGCAGCUAGGUGCUAAUCUCACACAAUAUGCAAAGCUGCAAACGCCACACAGGCUGAUGAAGGAAGAAGUUUGACGCAACUCUGGAGAACUAGUACGUUAUAAAGAUUUAGAGAUAUAUAAGAUUUAAUAUAUAACAAAACAAAAAACAAAAAAACAUAGCUGACUGGCUGUUACGAUACCUACACGCGACUGUCAGAGCAAGAAGAAGAAAAAAAAGGAAUAAAGAAAAAGAUCAUUUCGGAUAAUCUACUGGAGUAAAACACCUGCUGGAGCUCAGUCCAGGGAAAUCUACAGUUAAGUCAUGGACCUGACCAGCGCUCCAAAGGGAUGUGGUUCCAACAUCAGCUCCAUAUAUUACAACCUGUGUGACCUGACCAAAGUGUGGGGGAUCGUGGUGGAGGCCAUCGCUGCUGCUGGCGUGGGGGCCUGCUUUGUCCUUUUCAUCAUCCUUAUGGCCUGCUUGCCACUGGUGACGGACACAAAUAGAAAGGGUACGGUGGUGCUGCAGUCUGGCAUCCUUGUCUUCACUCUGGGGCUCUUUGGGCUCACUUUUGCCUUCAUUGUGGGCCCAUACUCUACCACCUGUGCUGCACGCAGGUUCCUGUUUGGAGUACUGUUUGCAGGAUGUUUCGCCUGCCUGGCAAUGCACGGCCUGUGGCUUGCCCUGCUGCAGCGGAGGUGCCGGGCACCCAGGAGUUGGAUUUUCUGCCUGGGAGCGCUGGGUUUGUGGCUGGUUGAGGUGAUCAUCAACACUGAGUGGCUUAUUAUCACUGAGGUCAGGCCAACGGGAGGUGUCAUUGCCCCCAACUUGUCUUGCAGCAUUGCCAACCAGGACUUUGUGAUUGCACUCAUUUAUGUAAUGGUUCUGCUGCUAGCUGUGGUGGUGAUGGGUGUGCCCCCACUGGUGCACAAGCAUAAGAACUGGCGCAGAGACGGUGCUUUCAUCCUGGUCACAGGCCUCCUCUCCAUAGCUAUCUGGUUAGCCUGGAUUAUCAUGUACAUUGCCGGGAACACACUGGCCGGGAACCCUAGCUGGGAUGAUCCCACACUGGCUAUUGCUGUGGUGUCAAAUGCCUGGGUGUUCCUCUUCCUCUACACUAUCCCAGAAAUGUGCUUACUGACACAGCAAGAGUCUGACAAGGAGGAGCUCCAUGACGGAGAACACGUCUACCCUGCCAGGAGCCUGGUUUGUGACAACAUUCUUAAAGAGCCGGAGACACGCCACCAGAACGUGUACCUGGAUAAUAAAGCUUUCACUAUGGAUGAGCCUCCAACAGUACCCACAAAGCCUGUGUCUCCAUAUGGGGCUUACAAUGGUAUGGUACGAAGUUGUGUGUACCAGCCCACUGAAAUAGCACUGAUUGCCAAGGCUCUGUCAAAGACGGAGCAAGAAGCAAUGAUCUCUCGAGCAGCAUCCCCCUCUUUGAGUCCAGGAAGUAGCAGCUCCCUGCCUCAUGCUGCCAACUCCUUGCCCUCUUGAGGGCAGAAACGGGGAGACCGUCAAGAGCUCAAAGCACACUCGGUUGUUACAGCCAUGAAAUAAUCUCUACCAAGAGUUUGUUAAAGCGAACCACAGCUCUUAAUAACAAAUGUAUCAUCUUUGUAAUUCCUUAGGAAGAUGCUUUAGAAACAUGUGGUCGUUACCCCACAAGAUAACCUAGCUUCUCUCAAAGACGUCAUCAUUGUAUCACACUUUAUUUUCUCAGUUUGUGCACUAAUUGUUUCGUAUGUAGAGAAGCUUAGAGUCAUAACUACAAGAGUGGUGAAGUAGCGGACUUUCUCAGCGCAGUUUCUCUAUUUUAUUUCCUUUCUUACAAGUACACCUGUAAAUUACAGCUUCUUCUGUCAACUGAUCAGCAGUUUUGCUCUCCUGUUGCCUCACUCACGGGGCUCACAUGAAACAGAGCAACACAUGUAUGUGUCUCUGUGGGAAAGCAAAGACUUCGUCUUUCAUCAAGACGAGGCUAAAGUUCAAAAGACUGUCGACUGUUGUGUGCGGUCUAAAGUUGGCAUCUAUCAUUGACAAAAGCUGCGUUGUGAUAACAUUGGAUUUUGUUUUGUUACAAUUUGCUGACUGUGACUGUUAUUGCUAUUACAUUGGGUCUUGAAUUGACUGGACUUGUAGUGUCUUUGAUUUAUUAAAAAGAUUACAUUGUA